AUGGUACCUUUCCAAGAAAAUGAAAUUCAACCACAUUCAAAAGAAGAAAAUUACAAUAGAAUCCACAAAAAGACUAGGUCCAUCAUAGAAAGAGUUAAUGGGCAGCUGAAGGGACGUUUCCGUUGUUUAAUUAAGCAUCGCAUGUUACAUUAUCGUCCACAAUUUGUCUCAUUAAUAACAAUCGCAUGUUGUGUUCUUCAUAACAUGUGUAAACAAGCAAAUUUGGCUGAUUUAGAUUUACAUGAAGAACUUGAUAUUGAAUAUGAAAGACCAAUUCCAAUGAAUGUAAAUGAGGAAAUUGGUAGAGGGCGUAAUUCUUUUCAUAGACUAGGACAGCAAAUUAGAAGUCAAAUUGUAAAUCAAUUGCGUUAA